ACGUCAGUCUGUGUUUGCUCCGCCGUCAGCGAAGAAGACAAACGACGUAAAACGGAUCUAAAACGCGAAAACAACACGUUCCGCGAAACAAAACGGGUGUAGAAGUUUUUAGAUCGCGCGAGGAGUUUGUCCUCAAUUCUCAAAAAAGAUAGAACAGUGAAAAUAUUAUAACGGGCUUUAGAUUUAAACAGUGAAUUUUGCGAAAUGUUUGAUAUUUUUGUUACAUAUAUUUAACCAUUGAACAAAUGUAGUUGAAGACGAUCGCUGUUCGCUCGAAAUUCGUUUUCGAAUAUUGUUGUUACGUUCGGUUGGGAUUGGACUUUCAUGAGUGCAAAUUUGCACAUUCUCAUUCGUGCAAAUUAAUUUGCGCGUUUCUCGAGACGCUUCUUCUAUUGGCAUUCCUCGCGCGAACACUUCUUGUGACACUGACUGCCUCGUUUCUGGGGAACUCUCUCGUGGCUAUUGAAGACAAUCAACGGGAAGUGAACGACGACAAAAUUCUCUUCAAGAGAAACACACAGUGCGUGUAAUUGAGAAACGAUAAGUUCGGACAAACAAACUCUUCGAUCCGAAAAACCGAUCAGUUUCCGACUCGAUCGAUGAUGCAACCGCGGCGAAUGCAACGUGCAACCGGAAGUGUUCGGUGAAAAAAAAAUCUUCGAAAUUAACCGGAGACAAAUUAACGGAAGACAAAAUGAUAACCGUGCCGAUGUCAAGCUCCAGUCCCUAUGUGAAAGUCACGUCCUAUAGCGACGCGAGCACCGUCGCGAGAAAACCCUUGGUUCAACAGUUCUUGAGAGACAUGAAGGAGCAUUCAGCGGCCCAACGAAUGGAGAGAGAUAAGGACUUGCCGCAGCGGUCGCAGAGCAGCGCGGCUAGCUUGACGUCUAUAGGUGCCGAUAUAUCUCCUAGUUCUUCCCAAUUCUUCGAAGUGUUUUACGUUGGCAAGAUUAAAGUCUCGCAUGCGAAAGUGCCGGAAUCGUUUAUCGACGACGCUUUGAUUAAAUUUCGCGUUCAUGGACUCGAAAAAUCGAGAUCUUCAACGAGCAAUCUUCUCUCAGAUUGUCAACGGCUAAAACGCCAAGCUCUGAUGGCUUCUAUGAAUAAUAGAAGAAACAGUACGGAAUCCACUGCCAGUGAAUCGGGCAGUAUCGAGAACGUGUCGGGAAACAGCAGUACAAUUCCAAGCGUGAAUUCGCUUGGAGUCCCGCCAGUGCUAACCGGUUCGGUGGAAACUUUCCCAAGAACGACCGCCGGUCUCGCUGAGAACGAUGCUCGUGAUAAGAAUCGGACGUCCGAAUCUUCCGUUAAUUCUAAUAUUACCGUACCUGAAACGAUGCGAAAUCGCGCGGCAUCCACCGGCAGCGUCUUGAGCGGCAGGCGAGAUUCUGCGAGCAAGGGGAAUGACGAUCACAAUCGCACUAUGCUGUUCGAAGUAGGACAGUGUGAGUUGAUACUGAUCAGUCCCGACAGAAAGCGCAUAGUUCUGCAAAAACAAGUAAGGGACGUAGCCAGUUGCGCGAAGGGCGUAAAAAAUACCGAACACUUUGGAAUUGUCUGCAAGGAACCAGACUGCUUUAUCGGAUAUGUCUUCAAAUGUCAAUCCGGCUCUGUCGCGGAUGAUCUUGUUGCAGCGAUUAAUCAAGCUGUCACAUCUUGCGAUGUCACAAGGAAGGAGAGAUAUCCUGUGUUCUCUUGCGAACAUUGUCCUAUGUAUUGGUACAAUAAGCUGUGUCAAGAGAUCGAAGGACAAAAUGAUACAAGAGUACAAAAUAUUAUCUUUUCGCGCAUGGUGUUGCUGCCGGAAGACGAGCAGGAGCUCGUCGUAAGUAAAUAUAAAGGCGCGGAAGCCGCGGGCACCAUUGGCGCCGGUUCGUCGAGCCUCCGUGAGCAAAAUCAAUUUCUCAUGCGAUUGUUGCGCGCUCACUGCGAAUCGAAACAGGCUAGACACGUGCACGACACAGCCGAGAACAGGAGUGAAUUCCUCAAUCAGUAUUUGAACGUCGGCGUAGGCAGCACGAUAUUUAUGAAAGCGAAACGCUCUCUCACAAACAGUUUUGACAAUCUGAUGAAGAGGAAAGGUUCACGUGACGACUUUGGUUUGGGUCCGCAAUUGCGUGAUCCGAACCAUUUGAACGCAAAUGCGGGAAUACAAAAGAGCAAUAGUCCGGACACAUCGCGACAUCCGUCCAUAAUGGACACCUCGCCGGAAUCGAGUAGACCGAGAUCAUUGCGUGUCUCGCCCGAACAACAAAUCAUCGCGAACAACGGGCCGAAGAGUUCCAUGAUGGACAUUUUUUUGAAAGUCGGUAACUCACCGAAAUCGUCACCGACGGAAACUGAUGGAAACGGUACGAUGCAAGCCAAUGGCUCGUGGCGGCAGACGAUACUGAACAGAGUUGUGACACCAAACAAAGAUCGCAAUGCCAAAGAGAUCGAAGAAGUUGGAAAUAUAAGUAUCGUCAAAAGUUCAGAGACACCCGUGAAACGUAGGACAAAACAAGAAUUGCGCGAUUUGUGGAAGAAAGCGAUCAAUCAACAGCUAAUACUCAUAAGAAUGGAAAAGGAGAACGCAAAACUUAGAGAACGCCAGGAAGAAGCAAGUAAGAAGGAAGCGGUGAAGAGAAUCAAGUUGGAAUACGACGAACUCAGCAGCUGCGCGCGCAAAGUGGUGGAAGUUUGGGAUCUCCUCAUUAGCAAAGAAUCGCGAGUCUCCACAAAAUGUGAUAACCAAAUGCUUUUGCACGCUAUCAAACAAGGUGUGCCGAAAGGAAAGAGAGGUGAGGUCUGGCAAUUUCUGGCCGAGCAGUUCUGCCUGAAGCAACCGCCCAUAGACACUCAGGAUUUUCCGAAUUACAACACACCUUACGAAUUGCUUCUGAAGCAACUUACGUCUCAGCAACACGCUAUUCUCAUCGAUUUGGGAAGAACGUUCCCAAAUCAUCCGUAUUUCAGUUCACACUUGGGACCUGGUCAAUUGGCGCUUUUCAACUUGCUGAAAGCUUAUUCCUUGCUGGAUCACGAAGUCGGCUAUUGCCAAGGUCUCAGUUUUGUCGCCGGCGUGCUUUUAUUGCACAUGGCAGAGGAUCAAGCCUUUUUCUUAUUGCGACACCUAAUGUUUCGUCGAGGGCUCAGAAAAUUAUAUCUGCCCGACAUGGCGGCACUGCAGUUACACUUGUAUCAACUUUCUAGAUUGCUACAUGAUCGUUUGCCGGAUAUUUACAAUCAUUUCGAUAAACACGAAGUGUCGCCUACUUUAUACGCCGCUCCAUGGUUGUUGACUUUGUUUGCCAGCCAGUUUCCUUUAGGUUUUGUUACCAGAGUUUUCGAUUUGCUAUUUUUGGAAAGUUCUGAAGUGCUCUUCCGUGUAGCAGUCGCACUAUUAGAAGAGCAUCAAAGUCAAUUAUUAAAUUGCGACAGUUUUGAGGAAAUUAUGGAAUAUCUCAAAGUGCGUGUACCAGCAGUGGACAAAGAAAGCUUAGAUCAUAUCAUGAAACGAGUGUUUUAUCCCGAUUUGGAUAUGACGAAGCAAUUGAACGAAUACAGAGUCGAAUAUCAAGUAUUACAAGAGGAAAUGAUCUCGAUGAAGCCGCAAAUGGAAAACUUGGAAAAGUACAAACUGAUGAACAAGCAACUCACGCAAGAAGUUGCGCAACUUAGUGAGCAGCUUGAGAUUACCAUGAACAAUCUGCGUAGACUCGAAACAGCGCGCUCGAUGCAACAAGCGACCAUCCACAAACUUGAGUCUCAGAAUCGCGGUCUCGAAGUGACCGUGACCACGUUAGGCGAAUUCAUUCAACAGUUAGUAGAUACGCGCACCGACAUCGAAGUGUCGGGCGACGUUCGCAGAAUACUCGCUCAACUGAGCAUGGUCGAGAAACGACGAAACGCAGGCAAGUCUUAUCCGUUGAAAGUAAUCGAGGACAACAAAUACGGGAUGAUAAAGAGCAAUUCGACCGGAAGAGAGUCUCAGGCUCUUUUGAAGAACAACAACAUGGACACGCCGUAUCCGUUGAAAUCUGCUCUGAGCCAACCGAAUCUGGCGACCAAGUUCUCCUCGUUCUUUUCGAACUCGCACAAUCAUAUACAGAAGCAACGCGCGCAACUGGCGGCCCUCAGGAACGAGUAUACCGAACAACCGAUACGGAGCAACAACAACAACAACAACAACAACAACAACAAUAACAACAACGACGAGAACGAUCCUAAAACGGUCAACAUCGACAUUCAGAUCACGGAUACCAUGAAUCUUGCCAACAAUCCGAUUCCCCAAAGCGAGAGCAAUCUCAAGGUUCCGGCUACGAAUCUGGAGAAAUCGAUAUCGUUGCCGCUGAAGAUCAAAUUGAAAUCGUCAAAGUCGGCUUACGAAUUGGGAUCCGUGAAGAAGGUACCCACGAGUAAGCUCGAGGCCACGAACAACGACUUGCUAACAAAUUUAACCGGGACCGUGCAUCCGCUCGACACCUGCAGCGACGUGAACUUCCGAUACGGCGGUACCACGAAACUGAAGUCCAUCAAACCCGUUAGAUUAUUUAGUCCGAGUUGUGGAAGCGAGGAUGUCGGUGGAAGCAACAAACAAAAGUCUGAUCAAACCUCCGACACUUUAAACAGAUAACAAUCACUUUCGAAUUCGUCUUCGAGGAGUGUUUUAUCAAAGAGAAUUUUUAUAAAGAAUGUAUAUUUAAAACGAUAUUUCGGCGACGAGUAAUGUUGUCGUCGGUUUUAAGAUUUACGGUAGGAUUACGUCUUCGUGUUUAUAACUGCUCCGCGUUCUUUUUGAGUAAGUUUUUACAACAGCAAUUCGUUUAACUUGCGUAAUUUUGGAGAAUUAUUUUUUCUUAUGACUUGAAACACUUGGAUCUGAUUUUUGAUGUUUGCGAUUAGUGGAAAUCGAAUGAUGAAUAUCGCGUCAGGAUCACAUUGAACGGCAAUAGUAGUUGCGUGUAGAUAAACAAAGCCAACAGAAAAAUCCAUUGUUUUUAGAUAACAUUAAAAAUCUCUCUCUAAUAUAAUAACGAUCAAAAUAACACACAUAUCUGUAUUCAAAAAGAAAAGAAUCGAACCAAGGUGCUAAACCGAACGUACGUGCAACCAGUGUGUCAGAGAUUGCCAAAGAAAGUGCCAAACUUUCUCUGCAUGAGAAUACACAUUUCACAGUAGAAUUAAAAACAAAAAACAAAACAAAAAAAAAGAUUUUAGUUACCCAGAAGGUACUGCGUACAUACUGCGUACAUACGCAUGCAUAGACGCGGUUGUGUGUCAUCGGCUGGAAAGAGACGGACGCGUGUAUUUAUAAAAAAAAAAAAAAACAAACAAAAAAAGGCCAUUAA